AUGGGUGCAUCAGGCUUAGGUUCUGGUUUAGCAAAUUGCAUUAAUCUCUCAAAUUUGACACUUGACCUUGGUGAAAAUUAAAUUGGUGACGAAGGUGCAUCAGGCUUAGGUUCUGGUUUAGCAAAUUGCAUUAAUCUCUCAAAUUUGACACUUGACCUUCGGUAAAAACAGUUUAUUUGUUUUGGAUUGUGA